UUAAUGUCAAAUUUGACGUUUACGUGUCAUCAAAGUCAUCAAACAUAUGGUUAAUAUCUAUCAAAAAUGAGUAACGUACAGGAACUUCAAGCAAAAAUUAAAGAUUUAGAAUCACAACUGGCUAAUCUUAAGUUGAAAAAUGUUAGGGGAAAAAUUGAAACCAUGUCAUCGGAAGUCGUCGAUUCUAAUCCUUACAGUCGUUUGAUGGCACUGAAGCGUAUGGGUAUUGUGAACAAUUAUGAACGUAUCAGAGAAUUUACAGUAGCCGUAGUGGGUAUCGGUGGAGUUGGAAGUGUAACAGCAGAAAUGCUGACGAGAUGUGGUAUAGGCAGAUUGAUUUUAUUUGAUUACGACAAGGUGGAACUAGCUAACAUGAACAGGCUCUUUUUUCAACCGCAUCAAUCGGGGUUAAGCAAAGUAGAUGCAGCCGCAGAAACAUUAAGAAACAUCAAUCCAGAUGUAGACAUCCAUACAUACAAUUAUAAUAUAACUACCGUAGAGAACUUUGACAACUUUACCAAGGUUUUAACGACUAGCAGCUUAACUAAUGAGGCUGUAGACUUGGUUCUAAGCUGUGUAGACAAUUUUGAAGCAAGAUUUGCUAUAAAUACAGCUUGCAACGAGUUUAACUUGACCUGGUUUGAAUCCGGAGUAUCAGAAAAUGCUGUAUCGGGACAUAUUCAAUUUAUAAUCCCUGGGGAAUCUGCUUGCUUUGCAUGUGCGCCUCCAUUAAUUGUUGCGUCGAAUAUUGAUGAAAAAACACUGAAACGUGACGGAGUAUGUGCGGCAAGCUUGCCAACAACGAUGGGCAUUGUAGCAGGAUUCCUUGUUCAAAACUCUUUAAAAUAUCUCCUUCAGUUUGGACAAGUAACUAAUUAUUUGGGCUACAAUGCAUUAAAUGAUUUUUUCCCUACUAUGAAAUUGAAACCUAAUCCGAAUUGUGAAGAUACCAACUGUCGGUUGCGGCAGAAGCAAUACGCGUUGAAACCGAAACCUGAAAUAGCUGUUGAAGCAAAAGAAGAUGAAGGGCCCUUGCAUGAAGAUAAUGAAUGGGGUAUUAGUUUGGUAGAUGAAAGUGUGGAUGAUGAUAAAGGUGCAGUACAAGUCGCUAAAGGCGUCACGUUAGCAUACACACUGCCAGAUCAAGAUUCAGUGGUGGAGGAGUGCCAGGAAGCCACUUCAACGAAUAUCAGCUUAGAUGAAUUAAUGGCGCAAAUGAAAUCUAUUUAAACAUUCCCCUUUAGUAAGUUUGUUAUUAUGAGACGGUCUUAUAUAUUUGAUGUUGUAACGUAGUUCUAUCUAAUUUUUUUGUUAUUAUUUUAAGGUUGAUCUUGUGGGAGAAAUGCAUUUAAAUAUUUUCAUUCAUGCAGAAAUUUUUAUACUUUGGUAAUUUAUUAAAUUAUA